ACCACUCCGUUCGAGUACGCGGUGCUGUUGACGAUCAUCGCCAACUGCAUCGUUUUGGCGCUGGAAGAACAUCUUCCCGAGGGCGAUAAGACGCUUCUCGCGCAGGACCUGCUGGAGAAGACAGAACCCUACUUCCUCUUCAUCUUCUGCGUGGAGGCCUCUCUCAAGAUCCUCGCCCUCGGCUUCGUCCUCCACCCACGCUCCUACUUGAGGAACAUCUGGAACAUCAUGGACUUCGUGGUUGUGGUGACGGGCGGUAUGACAAUAAUAGCAGCGGACAGUUUUGGCCAAACUGUGGAUCUGAGGAUGCUACGCUCGUUCCGCGUCCUCAGGCCCCUGAAGUUGGUCUCACGGCUGCCAAGCCUCCAGGUUGUGCUCAAGUCCAUCAUCAAGGCUAUGGCGCCGCUACUACAAAUCGGUUUGCUCGUCCUCUUCGCCAUUGUCAUAUUCGCCAUCAUAGGCCUUGAAUUCUACUCUGGUGCUCUUCAUAAAACAUGCUACAGUUUAGAAGACUUAGGUGAAGUAGUGACAGAAGGAGAGAUGGAGACGCCGUGUCACACAGAUAAUGCAUCCUUAGCGCCCUCGGGUGCCUUUUUCUGUAAUUCCGACAUCUCCACCUGUCUGGAGCUGUGGGUGGGCCCCAACUAUGGUAUCACGUCCUUUGAUAACAUUGGUUUUGCCAUGUUGACAGUGUUUCAGUGCAUCACACAGGAGGGCUGGACUUCCAUACUCUACUGGACAAAUGAUGCACUUGGUAGCAGCUACAACUUUCUCUACUUCGUGCCCCUCAUUGUGUUGGGGUCUUUUUUCAUGCUCAACCUAGUUCUUGGUGUGCUCUCUGGUGAAUUUGCUAAAGAGAGAGAGAGAGUAGAAAAUAGACAAGAAUUUUUAAAACUUAGAAGACAGCAACAAUUAGAAAGAGAGUUAAAUGGAUAUGUGGAAUGGAUAUGUAAAGCAGAGGAAGUUAUACUUGCGGAGGAGAGAACCACAGAUGAAGAAAAAGCUCAUAUAAUGGAGGCGAGAAGAAGAGCUGCAGCAAAGAGAAAAAAGCUCAAACAUUUAGGGAAGAGUAAAAGCACAGAUACUGAAGAUGAGGAGAAUGAGGCUGAUGAUGAGGAUGCCCCCCUUUCUCUCGCAGUUCCCGCCAAAAAGAAAGGUUUCUCAAGAGCUUCCUACUUGAAAAACAAAGUCAGGAAACAAGGUGCCUGUCAGAAUUUUUGGAAAGCAGAAAAGAGAUUAAGAUUUGGUAUUAGACGGACGGUGAAGCAGCAGUGGUUCUACUGGUUUGUUAUUAUACUUGUGUUCCUCAAUACUGCGUGUGUUGCAGCGGAACACUACAACCAACCCAAGUGGCUCACAGAUUUUUUAUACUAUGCAGAAUUUAUAUUUCUAGGUCUAUUCAUAUCUGAAAUGCUUAUAAAAAUGUAUGCCCUCGGCCCAAGAAUGUAUUUUGAGUCGUCGUUCAAUCGAUUUGAUUGUGUCGUCAUCAGCGGUUCCAUAUUUGAAGUGGUGUGGUCAGCCUUCAAGUCCGGGUCCUUUGGUCUAUCUGUGUUGAGAGCCUUACGUUUAUUGAGGAUAUUUAAAGUUACAAAGUAUUGGUCCUCACUCCGGAACUUGGUAAUCUCUUUGUUGAGUUCAAUGCGUUCCAUCAUCUCACUGUUGUUCUUGCUCUUCCUGUUCAUCCUCAUCUUUGCACUCCUAGGAAUGCAGCUUUUUGGUGGCUCUUUUAACUUUGAAAGCGAAACACCUUUAGCCAACUUCAACACUUUCUCCAUAGCUCUGCUCACUGUAUUUCAGAUCCUAACAGGUGAGGAUUGGAAUGAAGUGAUGUAUCAGGGAAUUGCAUCCCAGGGUGGUACAAAGUCUGGUAUGAUCUACAGUCUUUAUUUCAUCAUCUUGGUGAUCUUCGGUAACUACACUCUCCUUAACGUCUUCUUGGCUAUUGCUGUUGACAACUUGGCCAAUGCACAAGAACUUACAGCUGCUGAGGAAGAACAAGAGGAGGAGGAUAAGGAGUUGCAACAACUCCCAAAUCCUGAAAGUGUCAUUCCCCUACAGAAGCAGCAAGCUGAGCAUGAAAAAGAGUUAGAAGCACUACAAAACAACGCAGAUGGACCUCCGACUGUGGAAAUAUGCCCUCCAUCACCAGGGGGAGAGAGCAAGAUGAAUGACAAGAAAGCUGGAGAUGCUGAAAAGGAUGCUAAAAUGGACAGAAAGGAAGACGAGACAAAAGAAGAAAAAAUGGAGAAAAAUUAUGAAUCCAAAGAGGAUGACAGGUCAAUAAAGGAACAUUAUUGUACCUGUUGCUGUUCCUGCUGUCUUGUUAUUCCUUAUAAAGGUUGUCAGGCGUCGUCUAGACAGUAUGACCUGAUAUAUGACGACAUGGGAGGGCCAAAACCCAUGUUACCAUAUUCAUCCAUGUUCAUCCUUUCACCCACAAAUCCAAUUCGAAGAGCAGCGCAUUGGGUAGUAAACCUGCGCUACUUCGACUUUUUCAUCAUGAUUGUCAUCAGUUUAUCAAGUAUUGCCUUGGCCUCUGAGGACCCUGUCAGAGAGGACUCAGAAUGGAAUGAGAUCCUCAAUUACUUUGAUUAUGCCUUCACAGGAGUUUUUGCCAUAGAGAUGAUUCUAAAAGUCAUAGAUUUAGGGGUGAUAUUCCACCCUGGAUCGUACCUCAGGGAUUUUUGGAACAUAAUGGACUCCGUGGUUGUCAUAUGUGCCGCCGUUUCAUUUUGUUUUGAUAUGAUACCCUCCCUGCAACUGAAGGGCAGCACUACUGGUCAAAACCUCAGCACCAUCAAAUCACUUCGAGUACUCCGCGUUCUCCGCCCGUUGAAAACCAUCAAGAGAGUACCAAAGUUGAAAUCGGUGUUUGACUGUGUGGUCAACUCCCUCAAGAAUGUGUUCAAUAUUCUCAUAGUGUACAUACUGUUUCAAUUCAUCUUCGCUGUUAUUGCUGUGCAACUGUUUAAUGGAAAGUUUUUCUACUGCUCUGAUGAGAGUGUACAUGCGAGGGAUGAUUGUCAGGGAGAGUUUUUUGUCUUCAAUGGGUAUGGACGACCACCAGAGGUGAAGCCAAGACAAUGGAAGCAGCAGAGCUUCCACUAUGACAAUGUUAUGGCUGCUAUGCUAACACUCUUCGCUGUCCAGACAGGCGAGGGAUGGCCACAAGUGCUUCAGAAUUCCAUGGCGGCUACAUAUGAAGAUCAUGGACCCCAGCCACAGGUUGCCGUUGAAAUGUCCAUCUUCUACAUUGUUUACUUCAUUGUUUUUCCUUUCUUCUUUGUCAACAUCUUCGUUGCUUUGAUCAUCAUCACCUUUCAAGAGCAGGGAGAGGCUGAGCUUCAGGAUGGAGAGUUAGACAAAAACCAGAAAUCCUGUAUAGAUUUUGCUAUUCAAGCCAAACCCCUGGAGCGGUACAUGCCUAAGGACCGCGUCAGCUUUAAGUACAAGAUCUGGCGAAUAGUUGUAUCUACACCUUUUGAAUAUUUCAUCAUGUUACUCAUCGUGCUCAAUACACUUCUCCUUAUGAUGAAGUUUCAUAAUCAGUCCAAGUUGUACAAAGAUACUCUGCACUACAUGAACACAAUCUUCACUUCGUUCUUUACCAUUGAAUGUUUACUGAAGAUCACGGCAUUCGGAGUCAGGAAUUUUUUCAAGGAUCCAUGGAAUACUUUUGACUUCAUCACGGUGAUUGGUUCCAUCAUCGACGCCUUGGUUGUGGAGUUUGGGGAAAACUUCAUCAAUGUGGGAUUCUUACGUUUAUUUCGAGCAGCUCGACUUAUAAAAUUACUCCGCCAGGGUUACACUAUUCGAAUAUUAUUAUGGACGUUUGUGCAGUCUUUUAAGGCACUGCCAUAUGUUUGUCUUCUCAUUGCUAUGUUGUUCUUCAUCUACGCUAUUAUUGGGAUGCAGGUCUUUGGUAAUAUAGAAUUGGAUCCUACCACGUCUAUAACACGCCACAACAACUUUAGAAAAUUUACAGAGGGCAUAAUGCUCUUAUUCAGAUGUGCUACAGGGGAAUCCUGGCAGAGCAUUAUGUUAGCCUGCAUAAAAGGGAGACCGUGUGAUCCUGACGCACUGAAGAACGAGCCGAGCAAGACGUGUGGUUCUAAUGUUGCAUAUGUCUACUUUGUGUCUUUCAUUUUCCUCUGUUCCUUCUUGAUGUUGAACCUUUUUGUUGCUGUCAUCAUGGACAAUUUCGAUUACUUGACUAGAGACUCAUCCAUCCUUGGUGCUCAUCACCUUGAUGAGUUCAUCAGAAUAUGGGCUGAAUAUGACCCUAAUGCAACAGGGAGAAUACACUAUACAGAGAUGUAUGAUAUGUUGAGAAACAUGGACCCUCCUUUGGGGUUUGGCAACAAGUGUCCAUACAGAUUGGCAUACAAGAAACUUAUACGAAUGAAUAUGCCAUUAGAUAAUGAUGGAAAGGUGCAUUUUACAACAACAUUAUUUGCCUUAAUUCGAGAGAACCUUUGUAUAAAGAUGAGAACAGCUGAAGAGAUGGACCAAGCAAAUUUAGAGCUUCGUGCCACUAUAAAGAAGCUCUGGCCAAUUCAAGCGAAAAAGAAUAUAGACUAUAUAGUGCCUCCUGAUGAUGAACUAAGAUUAGAAAAGCUGACAGUGGGCAAAAUCUAUGGUGGUCUACUCAUUGUUGAAAACUGGAGAACUACUCGCUUUGGACAGAUCCAGCCAACGGGAGGCCUGGAUGAGAUUGAAGAUGAAUAUGAAAAUAUAGAGAAUGAUGAUGAGGAGGAGGAGGAGGAGGAAAAGUAUGAAUCAACAGAGGACAUUUUAUGUGAGGAGGAAAUGCACCUCCUUAGUAAUGUGGAAAAAUCUGAAAACAAAUUCAUCGAUACAGAGGAAACUGAGGAGACUGACCAAACUGAGGAGCAGGGAUCAGAAUCAAAGCCCAGUUUGUUUGCGCGACUGAUGGGCAUAGCAGCACCCGCCGCACCAAGCAAGAGCACCCAUGCAUCAAGGACCAGCCUCUCCCGUUCCAUUGAUGAGCAGCAGGAGUGCCAGGGACACCAGAGUCGCCAGGACAGCCUCUCCCAGUCCAACGUAAGCAUAGACAAUGUACUUGGUAGUGACAAAGGGUCGAAAAAGUCCCUGACGUUGUUGGGUGGAGGUGGUGCCUCCAAGCGUGGCUCAGACCACGACGGGUCGAGUUUGGCCAGCUGGCAGGCGGGGCUGGAGCUGGCAGAAGUGGUACAACAGGCAUCGAGAAGAGGGUCCUUAGCUUCUGAUGAUGGUGGCCGUCACCUGCGACCAGAAGAAUACCCAGUUAAUAGGUAUAGAUCACGGUCACCUUCACCAGUCAGGGGCUUCCAGUCACCUACACCUCCUCACAGGCGGAGUCCCUCACCAAGAAGACCUGUCCAGCAACCACAUGAUAUUGGCUUCAGUGAUGCCGUUAGUGAUGUGGUGGACCUCGUCAAAUAUGAUAACAUCCACAAGAGAGGUAGGCUACGAGGAAAGGUGCAUGGUGAUGAUUAUGGGGUGUUAUCUCCAUUGCGAGGCCGCAGUCCUAGUCGGCGCCGUGAGCCCUUCCCUCCACGACCAUGGGGUAUGCGGGAUAUUCGCUCUGCCUCUAACAGUCCAGAUCGUCAUUAUAUGACCACAAGGCUGGAUGCUCGUUCCCGUAGUCCCUCACCGCUAACAGGACUUGCAGGCACUGCAGGACGCCGUGGCCGCACCUUAGAAUAUUAUGGCACAGCUUCCUUAGACCGACGGUCUCGUAGUCCUUCCCCACACCGGCGUGCAGGUUCUAGCUAUCCUACGAUACCACAGAGGAGAGGUGGUGGCCGACGACUACCCCCAACACCUAAUAAACCUUCAACACUUCACCUGGGCCCCCAGCCAUCCCAAGCUCUACCAGGACAUCAAGGUGCAGGCCAUCACACCCUUCCUGGGGGAAAGUCACCUACUAGAUCACAACCUAUCAAUUUCCCCAAGUUGAAUGCCUCGCCCACACAUGUGCCCAAAUUAGAAAUGCCACCAGUGUUCCGUGAGAGAAGGACUCCACCCAUUACAGAAGGGAGUGCUCGACCUCGUGUGCCCCCUCCUGGAAAAAUUUUACCACCAGGUGCGCUUCGCCGCCCGCCCAUGGCACCAAUCAGAGACCAAUACCCAUAUGAGCGGCGGCCAGAGGAGCCACUAAGUUUUGAACAGGCAGUAGCCAUUGGGCGGGGCACUCGUCAGUUGCCCUCACCAGCAGUGCCUAACGGGUACAAACCAGGGCGGGACCGUGCAGUGCCACGACUACCUGCCCCAGUAGGUGCAGCAGGUGCCGGGGCACCCAGAAGGACGGCUCCAGGGGUGCGCCAUAGUGACAGUGAUGAGGAUGAUUGGUGCUAGUGGAUCCCACAGGGCGAUGUGGGCCCCCAUCCCCCUAAGGUGGUGAUGGGGGCGGCACCGCCCUGACUAGCAGUGCCUGGGAAUAGAGUGGAGCACUGGACCUAGGCAGGGGAGUCAACCAUGGCCACGAGUGUAUUUGUGGCUUUUCUUCAUGUUUGUUUUGUACCAUAUCCCCUACAAGUGCUUUAUUUAAAACAUACAACAAAUGUUCUAUCAAAUCUGUGAUAUUUUAAUGUCACCACUAUUGUAGCUCUCCUGUAUGAGAGUUGUAUGAAUAUCAAAAAGGAGCAGAAUGAGAUAUGUCAUUCCCAUUUAUCUGUCAGUUUAGGCCUGUAUUCAGGAAAUGCUCUUAAAUCAGACAAUACCUUCAUGAUAUACUAUCAGCUGAUGCACUCAACAUCAUCUUAUCAUUUCCACAUCUUUAUUAAACUCAUAUUUGACUAACACAUGCAGCUCUAAUCAUAAAAAUGGUAUCCAUUUAUUAAGUGGGAGUGCAAACAUUGUGUGUGUAAACAAAACUGUAUCAUAUUUGAAGUGCAGCAGUUGUUAGCAUUUCAUUGUUACUAUAUUAGCUAAGUUGAGGGUGUCUCCUGAAUGCGGUUCUUGAUCAUUGUUUGUUAGGUGUAGUCUGAGUACGACUUUGUUACCUUUUCUUCUGGUUUUUGACAACUAGUCUGUAGUAUUUACAAUUCGCUAUGGAGACUGAGGAUCUUUGGGUCUCUUCUCAUGCGAUAAGUAAAACCAUUUGCCUGCCAAAGUUGGAGAUUUUUGUGCUGAUGAGCAGCUUCGUGUAUGGGAGGAUGGACUAGGCCUAUGUUGGCAUCUCUUGCUGCUGUCCUUUCACAUUCCUAGCCAUGCAGGCUUACCUCAAUACUUCAGAAAUGAACUUGAAUCAGCCAGUUUGAUCAGACUCUGGGCUUAUAAUUACAAGACAUUUACUCAUGCAUUAAUUCACACCAUCUUGUAACAUGAUUGUGAGAAUAAUAUGAGAAUUGAGUAGAGUUUUGGUAGCUAGUACAAAGUUAGAUUGUUGGUUGCUUCAAGUAUGUUUCCUUAGUAUGGAUCUUAGUUAUACUCAUUAGUUUUAAAUUUCAGUGGACAGCAUCACUUUUUGUAUCUUGAGUCCACAUGGAAGGCGUGUCCAACAGUGUGGAGGGGGGGACGAGCAUGGCCAAGGUGAUCCCCCUCUCCCUGCUCUCCUGCCUCAUCUUACACCAAUUCAUCAUCAAAAUUAUUAAAAGUACAUCUAUUUACCUUUAUAUUAUUCUCUAAAUUUUAUUAUAUAAGACUUCCACUAAAACUGUAGUUAAAAAUGGGGAAUUAAUUAAAUGGCCAAUUUUGUAUUAAUACCUGGUAAUCGAACAGAUAAUUUAUGAGGAAAUUAUUUAAAAAUAACAAAUUUAUUGGAUUUAUUCAGAAUUUCAAGAAGGCAGUAACAAUUUACUGCCUCCAGUACCAAUAACAUUAUACAAAAUAUUGUGUAAGAAAUCAUGAGCUGUUUUCAUCAUAAUGGGAUACCUGUUGCCCAUAUAUGCCUUCCUUUCUUUUGGAAAAAUCUUGAUAGUCAGAGAUAAUUACUAAGAUGAACUGCAGGACAAUUAUGUUUAUAAUGGGAAGAUGAGCUUGGUUAGGGAUUGUUAUCAGUUAGCAUAGAUCCUUAUGAUCUUACCAUUUUGACCUUUUGUAUGAAAAGUCCUGCCUUAUGUGAAUUGGCCCUCAGUGCAGGAGAGGGCCAAUAUAGCACCCUAGGAACAGUAUUGAGGUAUCUUGGGCACCCACGGAGGUUCAAAUCCCUUGAGGAGAAAUGUUAAGGGUUGCUAUGUAAUCUUGAGGUUGCUAUGUAACCUAAGAUUACAAGGGCCAUGGGGUAUUUUGCAUAUACCGGUCUAUGAUCGGUUAGUUUACUUCGUAGAUCUAGACUUAGCCUUCAAAAUUGUUAUGUAAAAUUUUCUAAAACAUUCUAUCAAUCUGGUUUAACAGUGACAUAGGUACAUCAUUAGUGAUUUAGAUAUGAUGUUGAUUAAUUUUUAUAAAUUGUAUAAAACUUGAAAGAUAUAAAAUACAAUUAUGCAGAUGAUAUUAAAACAAGGGAACCAAAAUGGUAUUCAGAUUUUUAAUUGAAAAAUGUCUGUGUUGGUUCCAACUAUCCUUGUACUGAAAAUCCACAAGUGCUUUUUUGUAUAAACUAGUAUUCCAUCCUGCUACCAAGAACCAAGAGUUGAAAUGUUUACUAAUGAAACCAGUGCCAGUGUUUACAUUACCAUUCACUCAUAAUCUGUUGAGAAAUUGAGGUCCAACAUGUUAACUUUCGGUACGUGCAUGUUAAAUUUUGCUUUUAUUCUCAGUACGUGCCAUUGUCAAAUUACUUGGUUUACAUUCUGGUUGUGAAUUUUGUUACCUUGCUUUAUAUCUUGGUCCCAGUGUUCACAAUGUUAAUUUGGCAGCCAAAUGUCACAUAAGGUAGAAUGCCCAGUCUUUCAGUAGUCACUAAUUUUUAUAUGGAAUCAAGGGCAUCAAAAUAUGUAUAAUGUGUAUGUUUGAGGGUUUAUGAAAGUACUGUAUAUUGGAGGCUAGUGACACAGUCCAGGCAAUUAAAGUUAAGUUCAAUGGUUCAUAUUGUUAGUUUAUGCGAACCAUUGUAUAAAAAUAUAAAAAUAAAAAUUAUUGAAUUAAUCAACUAAAUUAAUGCCAGACUUUGAUAUUCUACCAAAUGUGUUAAGUACUGUAUUAUUAAUAUCUGCAUAACUAAAACAAACUGAUUCUCAGACCCAUUUGGCUGUCACUUAUGGAGUGUUGAAUGUCAAAGAAUUUUCGCCUUCAUCUCAUCUCAUCAUUGAGUCUGAUAAUGCCCAAAAUGCCAAUGUAAAGUGUUCCAUAUUGUAUAUUCUUCAGCUGAAAUGCACAGAGAACUACUAUAUAUAUAUUCCCCCUAAAUCUCUACCACUUUCAUAAAUGCUUAAUGUUUCAUUAUCUACUUAUUGUAUAGAAACUUCACAUUAAAGCCUGUUAAAAGAAAAGCUCAGUUACAAUUCGAGAUAUAUAUAUAAAUAUAUGCAUAUAUAAGAAUAUAUAUAUGUGAACUAUAAUAAUCUAUGAUUGAUCUGAAUUUUAAAUAUUUAUUAAAUUUGAUGUGUUAUUGCCAUCAUAAAAUUGAUGGUGUUCUUUUAAAGUUUACAGUUUUAGGGUGUUUGAAAAAAUUAUUUUGAUCAGGUGGAAAGUUCAAAUAAUCACAGAGUAUCACAUAUAAUUCUAUGAAUUUUCAGUGAACUGUCUGUUUGAUCAAGAACUUCUUUUCUGAACUUUCCCUCAGUAGACACGUAACAUGCGGGUAAUGGCCUAUCGAUACCGUAACCGCAAAACCAUCACUACAUCCUCACCGCAGUACCCAUGCGGUCCAAACACUGUCCAGCCCGCAGCCGCAUGUUGUUGGCCUGCAGCCCAAUUUUCAAUUUGAAAAAUAUGUACAUGUGAAUAGUAUCUUGAGAGGGAAUUCUUGAAUACCCCUUAAAUAAAUACACUAGUCAUGCAUUCAUCAAAGUUAGACUUUUCACCUCAGAACUUUUACAUUGAACCAAAGUGUAGUAAAAGCAUGUUUUAUAAUCAUAAGAGGUUGUCAAGAAUUCUCAUUUGAGAGGAAAUUUAUAGCCACUUAACUCUAGUGCAUGAUCAGUUUCACAUGACUUUGAUACCAUUUAAUCAGUUUAUCAGUUAACCAACAUAGUUAUUGGUAUUAACAAAUAUCCUAAAGAGUGGUGGGUGAGAUUUAAUGGGGUUUUACUCAUCAUUUCUCAUUUAAUCUGAGACAAAUAAAAUCACUCCCACUCUUAAAGUUCCCCCCCCACCCCCUCCAGUUAAACCUUUUAAAACCAGAGAGCCUCCUCCCCCCCCACCCCCCCAAGUGCAGGCCUUGUCUCUAGAAGAAUACAAAGAGCUGUUGUGUGUUCUUUGUAUCAUCGUGUGUGCCUUCAUUCUCUUCAGUUUUUCUCUUUGCCUGUCAUUGAAAUAUGACGAGAUUUAGGAUUUUGAGCUUAUAGUGAUUAUGCCACAAGGUUCAUUUUUUUACCUUAAAUUCCUUUUUAAAUAGGAAAAUUGAGCCAUCUGGGAUCACUGACUGAAGCUCAAUUUUCAUCACCUCGUCAAAAUUGUGGCAUAGAUCAUGAAAAAAUGCCAUGGAUCUAUGACUGGUUCUCUAAAGGCUUGUUCACAUAAUGCACUUUGUCAUUACAGCCUGUUGCCAAGAGUUUAGAAUAAAUUUUGCAACUUUUUUUUUUAAUAAAUUAACCAAAGUGAUGUAAUGUUUCAGGCAGCAUAAUGAAGCAAAAGAAUGCAUUUUGGAAACAAGACUUAAUGUAGCUACAACACAGCCUUUAUGCUGUGUAUGGGCUGACAGUUGUACACUGAAACUGCCGUGUGGGGUGUCAAUGUUUUAUUUAAAUAUGAAACAGUUAAUGGCAUGAAUGAUUUGUCUGUCAGUACAGUAUACUGUAUAAACCUAACAUGCCAAAUUGAGACUUUUUGAUGUUUCUGGCUAUUCCCUCUUGUAAGUACCAAUCAGCCAUUCCUAAAUUAUGAUGAGGUAUUUUUCAGUAAGCUGUUCACUCAUUGUUAACUGUAGGUGAUAAUAUUAAAAUGGAAGGUUUAAAACAAAAUUAUUCAUGAUUUGUUAGGGGCAUGCACAUAAAUUAUUAUCAAAUGAAAGAUCUUGUCUUUUAAAAAUACUGUUCUGUGGUUUUUCAGAAAAUUAAAUUAUGGCCAUAUUGCUUCAACAAGAUUUGCAUAGUGUUCGUACUUACAGGAAAAAGCAAGUUACUGUAUAACUCGAAAACGUAAGAGAGAACUUUACUAAGCAGCUGCUAGCCAAUCACAACUGAGAACUUUACUGUGUACUGUACUGUGUUCUGAUUGGCAUGUGCUGCUAAGGAAAACGUCCAAACUUGCAUUUCCGAACAAAUUAUUUCUCAUUGCUUUUUCAUGAACUUCCGAACCACCUCUUUGGGAAUUCGGUGAUGACUUUAUGGAAUGUGACGUCUUGGAGUGUGUGUAAUACCAGAUAACUUUGUUGUACCCGCUCACUCGAUUAUGUAUAGCACGUUACCCAGUAGAUGUUUUUGAAGAGACUUUUAUACAAAUCAUUCGUUUUCCUACAAUAAAUGAAACAAAGUGAGAUGUAGUGCUAGUGAACUACAGCGGUGUGGUUGUAACCUAAACAUUUUCUGCCUUCAUCUGGGACUUAUUGUAAAGCACCAGUUUCUGGGACUUCCAAUAAGAACCAGUUUCCUAUAAAGCCAAUACUUAAAAUUUUUAAAUACUGUUUCUGAAACAAAGGGAGAAAAUCACUUGUGGAAAUCUCUGAAACUAGUGACUUACCCAAUAUCUGGUAGUGUUCAAGACUAGUCAAUUUUUAAGGCAGAUGAUACUGAGUUUAUGGGCAGUGUAUGUUAACCAAAUAUAUAAGACAAGUCUUUUUCCAUUCCUACCUACUUCUAACCAGUACUCUCGCUAAGGGUUUUCAUACAGAAUGCGUGAACAAGUCUGUACAGGAUUAUAAUGUCUCGAAUAAACAUUUUAUCAAUAUGCAUUGUUUUAAAAGUU